AGGGGGAGGGGUUGUCAGUCUUAAAAAAGCAACCAGUGAUUUCCACAUGUACGAAGUGUCUGAACGGUGAGGUCCUUUCAUUCUGCGCAAACUACAAGAGGACAACAUGGGAAAGGGGUUCGGUCACGAAGGCAGCCCGGAGGGCGGCAAGAAGAAAUGGAAGCAAAAGAACAUGGACGAGCUGAAGAAGGAAGUCGCUAUGGAUGACCAUAAGCUGUCACCUGAAGAACUGGAGCAUCGAUAUGGACUUGACCUCACGAAGGGUCUCACAAGCAGCAGGGCCAAAGAGAUCUUGGCGCGGGACGGACCCAAUGCCCUCACACCGCCACCCACCAUCCCAGAAUGGGUCAAGUUCUGUCGGCAGCUGUUUGGGGGCUUUUCCAUCUUGCUCUGGAUAGGUGCCGUCCUCUGUUUCCUGGCCUACAGUAUCCAAGUCGGCACGGAGGAUGACCCUGCAAAAGACAAUCUGUACCUAGGCGUCGUUCUCUCCGCUGUCGUCAUCAUCACUGGAUGCUUCUCCUACUACCAAGAAGCCAAGAGCUCCAAGAUCAUGGACUCCUUUAAGAACAUGGUUCCUCAGCAAGCGCUGGUUCUAAGAGAUGGAGAUAAAAUACAUAUCAAUGCAGAGGAUGUGGUGGUUGGGGACGUGGUAGAGAUCAAAGGAGGCGACCGCAUUCCCGCCGACCUGAGGAUUAUUUCUGCUAGCAGCUGCAAGGUGGAUAACUCGUCUCUUACUGGGGAGUCGGAGCCCCAGACCAGAUCCCCGGAGUACACCCACGAGAAUCCCCUGGAGACUCGCAACAUCUGCUUCUUCUCCACCAACUGCGUGGAGGGCACUGCCCACGGGAUCGUUGUUGCCACAGGCGACCACACGGUGAUGGGCCGUAUCGCCACGCUGGCCUCCGGGCUGGAGGUCGGCCAGACGCCAAUCAACAUGGAGAUCGAGCACUUCAUUCACAUCAUCACGGGGGUGGCUGUCUUCCUGGGAGUGAGCUUCUUCAUCCUUUCCAUCAUCCUGGGCUACAGCUGGCUGGAGGCCGUCAUCUUCCUCAUCGGCAUCAUCGUGGCCAACGUGCCUGAGGGGCUAUUGGCCACCGUGACGGUGUGCCUCACACUCACGGCGAAGCGCAUGGCCCGCAAGAACUGCCUGGUGAAGAACCUGGAGGCCGUGGAGACCCUGGGCUCCACCUCCACCAUCUGUUCCGAUAAGACCGGCACCCUGACGCAGAACCGCAUGACCGUGGCCCACAUGUGGUUCGACAACAUGAUCCACGAGGCGGACACCACUGAGGACCAGUCUGGCAAUACCUUUGACAAGACUUCUCCGAGUUGGACUGCUUUGUCGAGAGUGGCUGGACUCUGCAACAGGGCUGUUUUUAAGCCGGGACAGGACGACAUCUUCAUCUUAAAGAGAGACACGGCUGGUGAUGCCUCAGAAUCAGCCCUGCUGAAGUGCAUGGAGCUUUCCUGCGGCUCCGUCCGAAACAUGAGGGAUAAGAACCCGAAAGUGGGAGAGAUCCCCUUCAACUCCACAAACAAAUACCAACUGUCCAUCCAUCAGUUUCAGGAGACGCCCAAUGGACAUCUGUUAGUCAUGAAAGGAGCACCUGAGAGAAUCCUGGACAGGUGCAGCACAAUCAUGAUAUACGGGGAGGAAUUUCCUCUGGAUGAUGAGUGGAAAGAUGCUUUCCAGAAUGCCUACAUGGAGCUGGGGGGAUUAGGGGAGAGGGUGCUGGGAUUCUGUCACGCCUUGUUGUCACCCAGCCAGUUCCCCCGGGGCUUUGCCUUCGACUGCGACGAGGUGAACUUCCCCACGGACAAUCUCUGUUUCCUGGGGCUGAUCUCCAUGAUCGACCCUCCCCGCGCGGCCGUCCCCGAUGCCGUGGGAAAGUGCCGCAGUGCCGGCAUCAAGGUGAUCAUGGUGACCGGGGACCACCCCAUCACCGCCAAAGCCAUCGCUAAAGGUGUCGGCAUUAUCUCUGCGGGUAACGAGACGGUGGAAGACAUCGCCGAAAGGAUGAACAUCCCAGUCAGCCAAGUGAACCCUCGCGACGCCAAGGCGUGUGUCGUCCACGGCGGAGACCUGAAGGAAAUGGCCUCCGAUGAUCUCGACAACAUACUGAGGAACCACACGGAGAUUGUGUUCGCACGGACGUCGCCCCAGCAGAAGCUCAUCAUCGUUGAGGGCUGUCAACGGCAGGGAGCGAUUGUGGCAGUAACUGGGGAUGGCGUGAAUGACUCUCCUGCCCUGAAGAAGGCAGACAUCGGCGUGGCCAUGGGCAUUGCUGGCUCGGACGUCUCCAAACAGGCUGCUGACAUGAUCCUGUUGGACGACAAUUUUGCCUCCAUAGUCACUGGAGUGGAGGAAGGUCGCCUCAUCUUCGACAACCUCAAGAAGUCCAUUGCUUACACCCUGACUAGCAACAUCCCUGAGAUCACCCCCUUCCUCCUCUUCAUCCUCGCCAGUAUACCGCUACCCCUGGGAACCGUCACCAUCCUCUGCAUCGACUUGGGCACUGACAUGGUGCCGGCCAUCUCUCUGGCCUACGAGAUGGCCGAGAGUGACAUCAUGAAGAGGCACCCCAGGAACCCGCGCACAGACAAACUCGUCAAUGAAAGGCUGAUCAGCAUAGCGUAUGGCCAGAUUGGGAUGCUCCAAGCCCUGGCAGGCUUUUUCUCUUAUUUUGUCAUCUUGGCUGAAAACGGUUUCCUGCCCUUCAAUUUGCUGGGAAUCCGUCUGGCAUGGGAUGACCGGAACAACAACGAAGUGGAGGACAGCUAUGGCCAGCAGUGGACAUAUGAACAGAGAAAGAUCGUAGAGUUCACGUGUCACACGUCCUUCUUCAUCAGCAUUGUGGUGGUGCAGUGGGCCGACCUGAUCAUAUGCAAGACCAGACGUAACUCCGUCUUCCAGCAGGGCAUGAAGAAUCGGAUCUUGAUCUUCGGCCUGUUCGCGGAGACCGCACUCGCCGCCUUCUUGUCCUACUGCCCGGGCAUGGAUGUCGCACUGCGCAUGUACCCCCUCAAGAUCUCCUGGUGGUUUUGCGCCUUCCCCUACAGCUUCAUCAUCUUUGUCUACGAUGAGGUUCGCAAACUAAUCCUGAGACGACGCCCAGGAGGUUGGGUCGAAAGGGAGACUUACUAUUGAAAAGUGUCGAAUAUCUACAUGCUUGUGUGCAUGUGUCACUUUAUUGUAUUGUUUAUAGUAUUACUGCAUGAAAUUGUUGUACUUAACCUGUAUCUUCCAGCAACACCACAUCUCCUUAAUUCCUUUCUUAAAGGAGCUAGCCAUUUCCAUGGCAACGGAUUUCUAAUUGGCUAAUUUAUUAUACCUAUGUCAAAUUAAAUUUUUCACAUGUACUUGGAACAAAUGCAUAUGUUUCACUUCGUCCAAGCUUCCUUACACAGUAAGAGAAAACUGAUAGAACAUCAAUUCAGAAAUAAGGGAUUUGAAUCAAUGAGGCCUUGGUCCAUGCAGUGGGGCCGGUCGCAUAGUUACAUUUACAUUCAAAUAAGCUCUUCAUGCUAAGGCUUCCAAAGGCUGCAUUUUUUUCCUCCUAUGCCAAUCCGCAGCAGUUUUUCCAGUUUGGAAGACUAUGAAUUGCACUUUUGCAACAAGGAUCAUUAAACAUAGGAAUAUAGUGACUUAACAGCAUAUGAUAGGGAAAAUAUGUCCCUGAAAGACGUGUGCUCAUUGUGUAUGAUUUAUUCAUUCUGUUCCUGAUAUAUGUUCAAAUACUAUAUAAAUAAAGAAUGUUGAAGACCAAA